AUGACCUGAAUCGCUGGUUGAUUCUCGACGAUGGAGUCGCUUCACCACCGCCUUCAUGCUUCUCCAUUUCUUUCCUUCAGCCACCGCCUUCCGUCGUUCUCCAACCCCAUUUCUUCCCUCUCCUUCCGUACUCCGCCGCCGUCUCCGCUACGUUCUCCCUCGUCUUUCAGGUCGUUGUCUGUUACAGCCUCAUUCUCCCCGUCGACCUCCGACGCGUUUCACCAAACCCCUCGGAACGCUAAAUCUUCAGUUUCCGAGACCUGGAAUGCCGGUUUUCUGAGAACCGCUUGCAUCUCCAUUGCCGCUGCUGCAUUCUUCUUCCUCCGGUUCGACCAUCGGCACGCAGUUGCUGUCCCAGUGGCUCCGGAGACGACGGAGUCUACCGAGGAAUCAAUUGCAUAUGAAGAAAAUGAGAGCGUUGUGGAAGAGCAACCCAAGGAUGAUUCCAAUGAUGUUGAAGCCCUUCGAUCCCUCGUUGAGGCGAAUGUGAAGUCCGGUAAACUCCCCGAAGCAGUUGAUGCCCUAAAUCGUCUGAUCGAACUUGAGCCCAAUGACCGUGAGUUGCCGGUGCUGAGAGCCAAUUUACAUAGCUGUAUGGGGGAGCUUGAAUUGGCGAAAAAUGAAUUCGAGGAGAUUUUAGCGGAAGACCCAUUGCGUGUUGAGGCCUACCAUGGGCUUGCAAUGGUGUCGGAGCAAUUGAACGACAAUUCAUUGAAGGAAGUUUCCAAAAGAAUCGAAGAGGCAAUAGAGAAAUGCAAGAAGCAGGACAGCAAGUCAGAUAUCAGGGAUUUCAAGCUUUUGGUUGCGCAAAUUAAGGUAAUGGAGGGAAGUUAUUAUGAUGCAUUGAAAGCUUAUCAAGAACUUGUGAGGGAGGAGCCGAGGGAUUUUAGGCCAUAUCUGUGUCAGGGAAUUAUAUAUACUCUGCUACGGAAGAAUGAUGAGGCUGAGAAACAAUUUGAUAAAUUUAGGAGACUUGUUCCAAAGAACCACCCUUACAAGGAGUACUUUGAUCAAAACAUGUUUGCAACAAAGGUUUUUUCUCAGAAAUUAGAGGAGGGAGCUGGCUUGAAGAGCUGAGAAGAGUGCUUACCUGCUGCUUCUGUUCAUGGUUCAUAACCAAGUGGGAUUGUCAUAAAUGACUGCUAAAAAGAUUGAACUGAGGUAGAAGUUGAACAAUGAAUGAAGUCUAAGUGGUGAUUACUCUAUAAGCGUAGAUGGAAGACUGGUUGGAGGUCUAAUGAUAGGAGCUUGGUUGAUUAGGGAAGAGAGUAAAAUGGGAAGAACAACAUAUCCAAGUGAAUAUUUGUUGUUAGGGAAUUUUGAUGCUUGGGAAUUAAGGAUGUUUAAGAAUUUGGAUGUAUGAGAAUAAAGUUCAUAGCUAUCGUAAA